AUGAAAGUGAAUGAACUUCAUGGAAAAUAUAUUGGUCCACAUAAUACUUUACGUGAACUACAAUUAGAAAUGUUUUCAGGUAAAACAUAUUUUAUUUAUGAUUUUAAAUUAUGAUAUAUAUUUUUAGUUGAUUCAUCUUUGAAUUGGCAGUAUUGAAAAGUAUUAUUCGAUGAUAAUAAGUACUUGUCUUUUUUUUAUUGUAUCAAAAAGUAUUUAAUGCUAAAUUUGUUUUUCUCGUCUGUUUCAGUACUAAACUUACAAUUAAGUGUAUCGAAAUCCUCAUUCUAUGCAUAAAACUAAAUGAACAAAACAUUCGUGAUUGACAUUGUCGUUUAUUACAUGAAUGGUAAACCCACGACGACGGUUCCUGAAGCAGGAUUCCAUGAAUUUCCGGCGAAAUCCCUAAAGAAAAUCACCGUUUUCGGCAGGAACUCCGCGGGUAAGAUUUGAUGUGUUAUAGCGUUUUCCGGGAAAUCCAAUUUUCCAUUGG